AUGGGAUCAUCAUGCUCGAGUGGUAUGAUGUUGAGUCGUUCCUCCGAAGAAGGUUCUCCAGGCCAAACUCAAACUCUCCAACAGCAUCCAGCAGAGCCUUCGACAGCAGCAGGACUUUCUCCCGAAGAAAUUCGUAAAUUAGAGAAGAGAGCAGCUGCCGAGGUAAAGAAGGUACUCUCUUUCAAGGUUCCUGUUCAGCGGGUGAGUUUUAAUGGAUUUAAGGCUGGAUUGACCUUAAUUCCGAAUACAAAGCCUCCCGAAGAAAUUCAACUCGAAAUGUUGGCCUCCUAUCUUCCUCAACAUUUACUGUUCAAUAUGAAGCAGGUGUAUUUGGGAGGGUCGUCCUCAUCGUCCUUGUUUCAAAGCCCUUCUCAGCUUAAUUUGAGAAGCAGUCUUCAGAGUGAGGGGUCGAGUAACUACAACCCUCUGGAAGAACGACGAACUGCCAUGGUUCCGAUUUCUCAUCAUCAUCAUCACUAUCACAUGUCAACAUUUGAAACCCUAGUGAACAAUCAUUUGGCUCAUCAUGAUAGUCCUCUUCAUUUACAGUCUCUACCUCUCACAUGA